AUGUCUUCAUCAAAUUCAAAUAUUCAAACGAAAAUUCAAGUUACUAAUGUUCUACGACAUGAACUUGAAACAUUAAAACCAGGACGUAAAGUCUAUGUUCAACAGCCAGGUAGUUUAGUAUUUUUCAAAGGUGAUAUCCCAAGUGCACUUAAAAAUUGUCAAGAAACACUCAAAUCUCUUCAACGUGAAUAUGAACAACUCGAAAAUCAAAUGGAUCAAAGCGCUUAG